UAGAAACGCACCGCCCCAUCAGCUUCGUAGACGACCUCUCUCUUUCUCUCUCUUUCUGUCUCGACUUGUUCAACUGCUUCUCCAAGAACUGCAAUUUGAGGAAUUGAAUUAUUGAUAAUGGAAGAACAUUCAAUCUUGAGUGUUGAGGAUAUAAUUAAACCUGAAACUUUGGAACCAUUACAAAAGGGUGAUGUUCCAGCUGGAGAGGGUUGCAGUAGUCAUGCUCCUUAUCCAUUGAGUUCAGUUAUUGAUAUAAAGAAUGUGACAGAUGACCAUUUAGACAAUGAAGAAGAACCACUUAUUCAGACAGUUGAAUGUCGUAUUUGUCAAGAGGAGGAUACUAUACAGAAUCUGGAAAACCCGUGUGCCUGCAGUGGCAGUUUGAAGUAUGCUCAUCGGAAGUGUGUCCAGCAUUGGUGCAAUGAGAAAGGAGAUACAAUUUGUGAGAUUUGUCACAAGCCUUACCAAUCUGGUUAUACUGCUCCUACACCUCGCCCUGAAGAUGCCACCAUUGACAUUGCAGGGGCUUGGACGAUCUCUGGUGCUCCUCUGGACUUGCAUGAUCCCCGACUUUUGGCAAUGGCAGCAGCAGAACGUCAUCUCUUGGAAGCUGAAUAUGAUGAAUAUUCAGAUUCAAAUGCUAAUGGAGCUUCUUUUUGCCGUUCUGCUGCUCUAAUUUUAAUGGCUCUUCUUCUGUUGAGGCAUGCCCUCAACCUCGGUGACACUGAUGAAGAUGAUGCGUCUGCCUUUUUCUCUAUUUUCCUGCUUAGGGCUGUUGGAUUUCUUCUUCCAUGUUACAUUAUGGCAUGGGCUAUCAGUAUUAUACAACAGAGGCGACAAAGACAGGAAGCAGCGGAAGUACUUGCAGCAAGUGAAGUUGCGUUUAUGAUACAAACUGGGCAGAGAAGAGGUUUGCACUUUACUAUAGCACCACCAUCCGGGCCUGCCACAGUAGCAGCAUCUGGACCGCCAUUGGCUGGACCGGCGGUUACAACAACUACACAACAGGAACCUGUUUGAUGGGACUGUCUUUGGUCUUCUUCCAUUCCAACAAGUAUUAUUUGGGUUUUCUUAACUGCAUUUUCUUUUGAAAUAUAUAUAAUCCUUAUGGUACAUCUCUUAUAUUAUUAUAUAAUGUGUUUAAAAACAUGGGUUUGGUUCAAAUUUGAAACUUUGUAAGGUGGUGUCAUUAUAUUAUUAUGUAUGUUCUGAAAGCCAGAGAAAUUUAUAUGUUGUUUCCAAACAAAUGAAAGAGA